CUCCUUAAUGGGCAAUGUAUCAAAUACUGUUUCAUGUUUAAGAAGCUUUGGUUGCCCAAAAACUUUCUAUUCUUUUCAUAUAAAUUGUGGAGGGAGAGCAGCUACUAUUAAUGGAAGCUUAUAUGAAGACGAUAUAGAUGGAGCUGGACCUUCAAGAUUCUAUCAAAGUAGAACUAAUUGGGCAAUUAGCAAUACUGGUAAUUUCAUGGAUGAUUCCACCAAUGCAGAUUCCUAUAUCGCCACAGACACAACAAAUCUCUCUGCAGGCACUUCUACGUUAUACAUGACUGCACGCAUUUCUCCAAUCUCUCUUACUUAUUAUGGUUUCUGCAUGGGGAAUGGGAAUUACACAGUUGGCCUCCAUUUUGCAGAGAUAAUGUUUACUAAUGAUAAUACAUAUAAUAGCCUUGGAAGGCGCAUUUUUGAUAUUUACAUUCAGAAAAAGCUUAUGCAAAAGGAUUUUAACAUUGAGGAUGAAGCUAGUGGGGCUGGUAAGGCAACUAUAAAAAAUUAUACCACCAUUGUUACAAAUCAAACAUUGGAGAUACGCCUUUAUUGGAAUGGAAAAGGGACAACUAGUAUUCCUACUGGAGGAGUUUAUGGUCCUCUUAUAUCUGCCAUCUCUAUCAUUCCAAAUUUUGUCCCCCCUUCGGAAGGUAGUAGUAGUAGUAUUUCUGCAAGCACAGUAGUUGGUAUUGUGGUUGUUGUAGUAGCUAUCAUCUUCCUAGUUCUGUGUGUCCUCUGGUGGAAAGGUUGUCUAUGGCAUAAAGAUAUAAUAGACCAAGAUUUAAGGGGCCUAGACUUAAAAACAGGUUCGUUUACAUUGAGGCAAAUAAAAGCUGCUACAAACAACUUUGAUCGUGCUAAUAAAAUUGGAGAAGGUGGUUUUGGUCCUGUUUAUAAGGGCCUUCUUUCAGAUGGCACUAUAAUUGCAGUAAAGCAGCUUUCCUCUAAAUCAAAGCAAGGAAAUCGCGAAUUUGUGAAUGAAAUUGGCAUGAUUUCUGCUCUGCAACAUCCUCACCUUGUAAAGCUUUACGGAUGUUGUAUUGAAGGAAAUCAAUUAUUGAAAUCAAUUAUUGCUAGUGUACGAGUUAUAUGAAAAUAACAGCCCCUUGCUCGUGCUUUGUUUGGUCCUGAAGAACACCGAUUAAAUUUAGAUUGGCCUACAAGACAGAAGAUCUGUGUUGGUAUAGCAAGAGGUUUGGCUUUUCUUCAUGAAGAAUCAAGGUUGAAGAUUGUACAUAGAGACAUAAAGGCCACCAAUGUUCUUCUUGAUAAGAAUUUGAAUCCAAAGAUAUCUGACUUUGGUUUAGCCAAGCUUGAUAAAGAAGAAAAUACCCAUAUAAGCACUAGAAUUGCUGGAACCUUUGGGUAUAUGGCACCUGAAUAUGCAAUGCGUGGUCAUUUAACUGAUAAAGCAGAUGUUUACAGUUUUGGAAUUGUUGCCAGUUUUGGAAUUGUUGCCCUAGAAAUUGUUAGUGGAAGAAGCAACACUAGUAAUCGGCACAAUAUGAAGAAGGAUGACUUUUAUCUUCUUGAUUGGGCAUGUGUUUUAAAAGAGAAAGGGAGUUUAUUAGAGCUAGUAGAUCCAAGACUAAGCAAAGACUACAAUAAAGAACAGGUUGAGACAGUAAUCCGUGUGGCUCUUUUAUGUACUAAUGUCUCUCCAGCAGUUAGGCCUGCUAUGUCUUCAGUUGUGAGCAUACUUGAAGGAAAAGCUUUAGUUCAAGACUCCAAAUUGGAUUCAAGUGUUUUAAAUGACGAUUUCAUGGUUGAAGCAAUGAGAAAACAUUUUCAGCAAAUCAGUGGACAAAAUACAAUCGAUAGCCAAACUCAAAGUAUACAAUUGGAGGGCCCUUGGACUGCAUCUUCUACAUCUGCUAAGGAUCUUUAUCCGGUAUCUUUAGGUUCUGAAUACUGGGAAAAUAGAAAUUUGAUAAAUAAUUAAAUGUAUCAAUUGCAUGUUUUUAACUGUAAUUGUAAUAAACUGUAAUUGUAAUAAAAGGACGUUUGAAUAUCUUGAAUAUAUGAGAAAUCAUAAUUGGUUUCACAAAGUUAGACAUUGUUUCAUCUUAAAAAAGUUAUUGGUUUUAUUUUUAUUUUGAUCUAGGAGAAUUGUUGACCUGCA